CCGCCCGCGCCCAGGGGGCUGGGUUUGUCUGGAGGUGUGUUGUGACUUCCUGCCCCACGGUUUCAGGGAAGCAGCUCCCUCCUCUGCUCCUAGGCCUGCUCUUUGUCACCCUUGUUUUAAUGACUGGUUGGGGUGAUUGGCUGAGAUGAAAGUGACUGUUUCUUUUGGGAAGACGGGGAUUGUGGUUCCCUGUAAGGAUGGGCGGCUCCGUGUCAGAGACUUAACCCAGCAGGCUCUUCAGAGAUACCUCAAAACCAAAGAAAAGGACCCUGCUUACUGGGUGAACAUUCACCACCUCGAGUAUACAGAUGGGGGGAUCCUGGACCCAGAUGAUGUGCUGGCAGAUGUUGUGGAGGACAAAGAUAAGCUGAUUGCCGUGUACGAUGAACAAGAAUUGCACAAUAAGAUUGACAGCAUCAGUGGCAGUUUGACAGACAGACCCAGCCCAGAACCUUUUGAGAUGGAGGUGGCUGCCCAGCUGGCUGCCUUUCAGCCAAUUGGUGGUGAGAUUGAGGUGACUCCUUCUGCACUGAAAUUGGGCACACCGCUGCUAGUGAGGAGGAGCAGUGACCCAGCGCUGGGCCCACCUGCUGGCUUCCACCCAGGUGUUGCACACCCCACCGACAAUAGUCUGAAAUCCGUUGUGGCUGGUGCAACACAAUUAUCUUUUGAAGAUGGAGAAAUGGAUCUCACUGGGCACACUGAACAGCUGACAUCUAUGAAGGCCAAGUUCACUUUCAGUGAUAUGACAAGAACAGUAGAGAUUUCUGGGGAAGGUGGCCCUCUGGGGAUCCAUGUAGUACCCUUCUUUUCAUCUCUGAGUGGAAGGAUUCUAGGACUCUUUAUUCGUGGUAUUGAGGAGAACAGCAGGUCUAGGCGUGAUGGUCUUUUCCAUGAAAAUGAGUGUAUUGUGAAAAUUAACAAUGUGGACCUUGUAGAUAAAACCUUUGCACAGGCUCAGGAUAUCUUCCGUCAGGCAAUGAAAUCUCCAAGUGUCUUCUUGGAAGUGGUUCCUCCAUAUAAUCGUGAACAAUAUGAAAAGUCUGUCAUUGCUCCCCUUUGUUUGCUCGAUAAUGAUGAAGGAGUUCCAAAAACAAAGGUUUCACCUCCUGUUCUUACGAAACCAACUGUGAAAACAGUAGAUCUCUCUGGAAUGAACAGCCUGGAGACAGAUCUGCAGGCAACACUACAACACGCUAAGAGCCCCAAUCUCCCAAGGUUGGGUAAGAAACCAUCUUCGCCAUCACUGUCUCCUCUGAUGGGCUUCGGCAACAAGAAAAAUGCAAAGAGAAUAAAGAUAGACCUUAAGAAAGGUCCUGAAGGACUUGGUUUCACUGUGGUUACCAGAGACUCUUCAGUUCAUGGUCCUGGUCCUAUUUUUGUGAAGAAUAUUUUGCCAAAGGGGGCAGCAGUCAAAGAUGGUCGUUUGCAGUCAGGAGACCGAAUACUGGAGGUGAAUGGCAGAGAUGUCACUGGCAGGACCCAGGAAGAACUAGUGGCUAUGUUGAGAAGCACUAAGCAAGGGGAGACUGUCUCUCUGAUCGUGGCUCGGCAGGAGGAAGCCUUUCUGCCUCGAGAGCUGAAAGGAGAGCCCAACUGCAGUAUUCUUUCACUGGAGACCACAGAACAGCUGACCUUUGAGAUACCCCUGAAUGAUUCAGGUUCUGCUGGACUUGGUGUCAGCUUGAAAGGCAACAAAUCUCGGGAGACUGGGGCUGACCUUGGGAUUUUCAUCAAAUCCAUUAUCCAUGGAGGUGCAGCUUUUAAGGAUGGCCGCCUGCGAAUAAAUGACCAGCUGAUUGCAGUGAAUGGAGAGUCUCUUCUGGGGAAAUCCAACCAUGAAGCCAUGGAGACACUGAGACGUUCCAUGUCUAUGGAAGGGAACAUUCGCGGGAUGAUUCAGUUGGUGGUUCUCAGGAGACUGGAUAGACAAAUGCAGGAACACUCAGAUCAUGGUUUUUUUCCAAAACGAGCACUUGAGGGCAGUCAGACCUUUACCACUAUCUCCAGGCGCAAUGAUGCUGUCCUGCAGCAAUUUGUAACUUACAGUCCUCAGGAAAGACUAAAAGUUUCAGAGCUGACUAUGUCUGAUCGUGGUAGUGCCGAGAAUGAAGUUCCACCUCCCCUGCCCCCACAUCCCAGUGAGGAGCUGCUUUCUGAAGAUUAUAAUCAUAGCUCUGUAGUGGAUUCAGCAGCAUAUUUAACAGAUCAGAACAUCAACUUCAGAUCUUUGACAACAGCCAAGCAGCCUGAAUCAAUUAAUCUGAAAACCUCCAAAAGCAUGGAUCUUGUGGCAGAUGAAAGCCAGGUUAGUUCAUUGGCUGGACACAAACAAGAAUCUCCUGGCAAAGAUUUUGGUCCCACUCUGGGCUUAAAAAAGUCCAGCUCCCUGGAGAGCUUGCAGACGGCUGUGGCUGAAGUCAGGAAGAAUGAACUUCCUUUCCACAGACCCAGGCCUCACAUGGUCCGUGGUCGGGGCUGUAACGAGAGCUUCAGGGCUGCCAUUGACAAAUCUUAUGAUGGACCUGAAGAUGCAGAAGAGGAUGGUCUGUCUGAUAAGAGCUCUCUCUCUGCUCAAGAAACUCAGAACUUUGAAUCAGCCCCGCAAGGGAAUCCUGAACUAGAAGAUAUAGAAACCAAGGCAAAGAAAGACAAAAAAAAUAAAGAGAAGGAGAAGAAAAAAGGAAAGAGCAAAGCUAAAGUCAAAGAGAAGAAAAGGAAGGAAGAAAAUGAAGAUCCAGAGAAGAAAACGAAGAAGAAGGGUUUUGGUGCCAUGUUGAGAUUUGGAAAGAAGAAAGAGGAGAAAGGUGGGAAAGCUGACCAGAAGGGAAAUCCAAAACACAGCACACUGAGAGAAGAACUAGAAAAGAUGAAAGAUGAGCGUGAAAGGAUUGGUGCAAAACAUCAGGAAUUACGGCAAAAGCAGGCAAGAGGGCUUGCUGAUUACUCCACAAGCCCUGUAGGUCCACCACCUGAUGAUGAUGAUGAUGAGAUGGACCCAAAUUAUGCCAGAGUGAAUCACUUCAGAGAGGCUUACCCAGCAGCAAAUGUCUACAGGCCAUCGUCUCCACCUGUAGCAGAAACCUUUGGAUACCCACGGGAUAUCCCUUCAGUAUCAGGAGAGAGGGAACAUUUGGAAGGACUGUAUGCAAAGAUAAACAAGCAGCACCAUCCCCAGACGUCUUCUGACAGUGGCUGUCCAGCUGGUGGGAAUGCAGACCGUAUCCAGAAGCUACGGAAGGAAUACCAUCAGGCCAGGCGAGACGGUUUACCUUUCUACGAGGAUGAUGAGAUGAGAACACGGUCAUCUGAUUAUGAUCAGCACUGGGUGCCUGGAAAAGGUCCAGAUGGGAGUUCACACAAUCUCCACUUUGAAGGGAUGGAAAGGCAAUAUGCAUCCUUACCCAGGUGUGGCCCAGCAGAACCAAUGGAGUAUUUAACAGGGCCCCGAGUGAUAUACAAAGAGCGAGAUCUUCCAUACUACCAAGGAGGGCAGCCUGCUGUCCACCCCUCUAAAGGAAACUACUCUCGUGCACAAGACAUGAGGGCAGCAGAAUUGCGGUAUCCCCAGUAUUACCCCGGCCAACAACUAACCACCCAGCACAAGGGACCCCUCCGCCAGGAUGUCCCACCUUCACCUCCCCAACCACACAGAGUGCCAGCUUAUAAUGAAAUGGGCCGAACAGGACAGCGUGGGAGCAGCCCGGAUCAAUACCAAUAUAGACAUCAGGAUUCCAGGCAGAAGAAUCCCAUGACUGCAGCUGUAUAGCCUGAAACUGGACUUUGUCAACAUGGGCUGGGAUGGAGGAUUCCUGACAUUCCCUUUUUUACAGUUGGUCCUGGCAAGCUUAACAGCAUGUAGGAAUGGCACCUUAACUGGCAUCAUUCUUACUGUACCUGCCUCAGGAUAGGCUCGUUUUCAUAGGAAUCUUGGGCCAUAUCAAAUUAAGAGACUGUGUCUUUUAGGUACGUGCGUUGCCAGACAUUCAAGUGUUUUUAACACCAGUUAAAAAUAGAAAGUGAUGGCUGAAAAGUAAGUGUAACUGUUAGUACAGCUCAGGGCUAUUUACCACAUCUGGCUACACACACACACACACACACAGCGAGCCCUCUGUACAAGACCAGUCGUGAUACCACCAGAGUCCAUUUUGGAUCCACACCACAGGAGUAUUAUAUCACAGAAGCCUUCUGGUGACCUGACACUGUGUUCAGGGCAGUGCUGCUCUUCUUGGGGUCAGAGAGUCUUGUGUAAUCUAGUGCCGUGUGCAGUGGUGACUUUACCAAUGACUUCCCUGCUGUCCCACUCCCACUCGGACCAGCAGUUUUAUAUUUUGAGAAUGCCGUAGUCAUUGGUUUUUAAUCUUGCCUGUAUCUUCCUCUUUCUGCUUGUUUGCUGGAGCAUGCCUCUGGGAGCCCUCAUUUUUGGUAGUUCUGCAUCAAGCUUAUCCUCUUUUCAUAUUGCAAAUAACACAGUUGGGCUAAAAUGAACUAAACUUCCUCAGCUGUACUUGGGCAGUUUAGAGAGUAUUCAUAGAACUGUCCUACAGGAUCAUUAGGGGAUGAGGCAACCAUCUGAAAAAUGUCUCUGUCUGUUCCCAUUUGUACGUAUAUUAUGCAGUGCACAGCUCUUAAAUGUAAGGCCUAGGGGCCAGGUGCGCAGCAGCUUUCAAUGAGUGUAGCUUCCUUGACUUCAGUGGAGCUAAUCCUAUUUAUACCUGCUGAGGAUCUGGCCCGAGGUGUGAAGUACAGUAAGUGCUAUUAAAGUUGUUACUCCAUCACGUAUUCAGAUGGAUCAAGGAGGGCAGAGCCUGUACUUGCCCCCACUCUAGUUAGGUUUGCAUAAAGGUGUCUGCUGGCGUAUCAGUUAAUGAAUUCUGAGCCUGCAGUUGUAAGCUUCUAUCCUAUUCUUCUGCUGUCACUAUGGAUGGCUCCUGCUGUUCGAAUUGUCACCUGUUAAUGCAGGGCCCGCUGCUGAUCAUGGCAAGGAAGCUCAGGCUCUGGCAGUGCCGGUACUGUGCGAAGUGCCAAACAAUGCCAAUUCGCCUGGCAAUGCUCCGCACGGCAACUGGAAAAGGGAGGUGGGUGGGAGGCGUUAGGCUUUUAAAAGCAACAGGGGAUGGAGAAGAGAAUGAGGAUAACAGAGGAGAGAUUGCUUUAGAAACGUUGGGGGCGAAAAGAAAAGGAAUGAGGAGAAUGGUUUAAACAAUUAAGGUUUUUUAAAACAAUUAGGCAAGGAGAGACGCUGAGGUUGAUGGAGAAAGAGAAGAGAAGGGGAAGGACAAGUGGGGCGGGAGGGGGAGAAGGUAGGAGAAGGACCUAGCUUCUUUCCCCCAGCUCUCUGCAGACAUUAGCUCAGGGCUGCUCUGGCCUUAAGGAGGUAAAUGAUGCUCUGAGGCAGUUUGAAAUGUGCCUCCCAGCCAUGUGACUUCCCAACUCCACAGACAUUUGCUGCGCAGUCUAACCGGGCUUCAGAUGCUUGGAUGCUUUGCUCAAUGAUUUGUCAUGCUAAGCAUUGCUUAGGGAACCACAGAGCCUGUAACUAGGAACACAUUUUAAGUAGCUUCUGAGUGUCCAUAAUUCUUCAAGCCCUGCCUUUGGAAGCAACAGAAGCUCGUUUGGGCCCCUCUCCUCUGAGGGAGAGGUCUGGGACCUGGCCUGGCUGACGCCCUUUGGUAUGCAGCAAAUGCAUCAGGAUUCAUUGCACAGGUCACCUCCCAGUUAUAGAUCACACGAAGGGUCCAUUCAUCUGGUGCAUAUCCCUUUAUCAGGACUGGUAAGGAUUCAUUUGAUCUCUAGAGACUGGCGCAUGGUGUAUCUGAGUCUCACACAGGUUUGCACAGCUGCAUUCCAAGGGGCUCUUCCAACUACUAGAUGCAUUCCCAUUCCACUGUAAACACUGUGUAGGGUACAUGCCACACACAGCCUUGUACUGAACAAGCUUUCUGUACUGGGUGGUAUACUCGGUUAAUAAAGAUUUGGCAGCCACAGGGUAGCUGCUAGUGACAUGAACAUCCACCUAAAGCGAAGUGAAAACAAAUUAAAAUACUUUCCUUUCCUCUUUUGAAAUACAGCCCCAGAUACAUUUGAUCCAGCUGUAAAGAAACUAAUACGUUUGUGACAGUGGCUUGAUCAAGCCAGACCACAAUUAAGAACAGCUCUGAAUAUAAGCUACUGCCUUAUCAUUCAUUAUCUACUAACCCUUCAAAUGCUCUGCAGCACAGCUUACAGAACUCAUUUAGAGUAUUUCACGAGCCAGGGCCAAAUAAAAACAGGAUGGAAACAGCUUCUGGGUUAUUUAUGGCCUUUGAAGGGCUUGCUCAAUUGUGUCUCUGUAACCUGAAACCUCCCGUGGAGGCUCACAUUGACUGCACUGGCACCGCUUGGUUUGGGCCGACAGAUCAAACGAGCACCUUCCGAGUUGUUAAUCUUACCCAACAGGUUACACAGACGAGACUUAACAAAAAGUAGUGGAGACUAUUAUAAUCUAUGGACACAUCGUACACUGCUGGAAGCUAUGAAGGAGAAAACUUCUGACCUUGCUGGGGGACAGGAGCAAAAGGUAUUACAGACCAUCUCAUUAAUCUGUGGUGCCGGUCUAGGAGAAAAUUGCAAUUUGCUGGUUUAAUAUCUUGUAGAGGUACGGUAUUUGCAAAGCAUGAUAUAUAACUACUGUAUAUAUAGUCUGCUUCUGUGCAAUGUAAAAUGUAUGAUUUUAGCACCAUAUUGUGGAAAAUAUGUACCGUGCAAAUUUCACGAGGUGCUACAACUGACAGUUGAAAAUACACCACUUGCAAAAUCCAAAAGAGCCGUUCAGUAACAGGUUGCUCUUUUCCCCAUAUGUCCAUAUGUUUUGGAGUGUUACGUGUCUGAAAUGCUCUUGACACAUAGUUGCCUCACACUCCUUCAUCAGAAAUGUGCCAAUCCAGCAAAAACCUUCCUGCCGUGCUCUGGGUUUGCCAGGAGCGCCCAGGUUGCUGCUGGAGCCGGAACAUGGUACAUUUGCACGGUGGCAUGAGUCAAGAUUAAACAAGAGCAACCUGCUUGCAUGCCAGGAGGGCUGCUGUGACUCCCCAAGCUGCUGUGCUGGCUGAGUUGCAUCAUCGGUUUCUGAUUCUGGUAAAGGGGCAGGUGGGCAGUGAAGGAUUUAGAGACACAAAUAGAAACGGGUGACUUGCUGAGUGACCGAGCACUAGUGAUCCACUGACAUUGGCCUGUGAGGAACCAUUACCACUGUGAUAACUACUAUUAUAAGGAGGCUCUGUGGGCACUCCUGCAAAGAUGUCUUUGUGAAAAACGGAGGGGACCCAAGAAUAAAAACAACCACUGUCCCUAAAUAAUGCCUGCAGCUCUGAACACCAGCUCACACAAACGUCCUAAACUAGAAAUAGCUUCACAUGCUGCCUAAUUUUUGUACAGAGUGAAAGUGCUACCUCCUCCUCAUCAUCAUCAUCAUCACAAGCAGCCUCAAAGAUUUGCUUUUCAGACAGAGAGAGUUCUGCGUAAAUCCCAUUACUCUUCUGGGGUCUGAUCCUUUCCACCGAAUUGAAGUUGUUUAUCUCCUCCCAGGGUGAGGCCCUAUCCUGCAGUCUCGAUUGCAGUUGUUUGCGAGAGUAUUCUAACCUUACACGCACUGUCUGGAGAGCGCCGUUUACUAUCAACAUAUAAUAAACCAGGACGUUUUGUUUCUAAGUCACUUUUCUAUUAUUUCUUCGCUUUUUUAUGAUACUUGACUAUGGUUGUGUGUGUUGAAUAAAAAAAUAUAGUGAAAUCAGUGGGGGGGAGGAUUCAACACCAAAUUUGAGAAAAAAUUUUGGUACCAUAAAUGAUUUUGCAUUUUUUUGUUAUAUAUAACUGUAUAAAUUUUACCUGUUUUAUUUUGCAUUAAAAUAAAGGCUUUAAGACUACAAACUACCAUCUAUUUGCAUA